CAAGACAACACCAUCUGUUCCUUUUUUCCCCAUAAUCAAAUAAUCUAAUCUUGUUUUCUGCCGACCUUUUCAUUUUUUCCAACGUAUAUUCUUAGUUUGAACUGUUCAAUAUUGUGUGUUUUCUGGAAACGAUUGAAUCUUUCUUAUCUGGGCAGUUUUCAACUGGGGUUUGGUGAUUCUGAUCUGGGUUUUCCUUGCUUAGGCCAAGAGAUUCAUCUUUUUCGAAAUUCAAAAGGGUUUGAAGUUAUGGAUUUAGCUCAGAUUCAACCUGCUGGAGAUGGGGAAAUGGAGGAAACGGAUUCGAGUAUCCCAAUCAUGGAAAAUAAUGUUCAGAGAACAUAUUUUCCUGGCAUGGUGAGAAAAAAAUCAUACGUGUUUGAUGGUUGUGGGAAUUAUUACAACAAGGAAUGGGAUCUAGCUCAGGGUAGUGGGAAACAGUUUUGUUGGUACCAUGUUGAGCUUCCAAAAGGGAAACAGAAGCUCUCACAAUCUGCACAGUACCUCGUCGAUGUUCUUUGUCCGCCGUUAAAGCUUCAAGACAUUCUUUCACUCGUUAGCAAUGGACCCUUUUGUGGACAUGUCGAUGGAGCCCUCAUCUUUCGGGUUAAUUCGCCUGGUCCACCUUCCAGUAACUUUACAGUUAGGCUGGCUGCAAGGGUUACCGAGAAUUCGGUGAUCACCGUGUCUUUGGGACGUGUUCCGAGGCUCGGUUUCUCUCCGGUCGGUCGAUCUCUUCUGUCGGAGAUUCCUAGUGUCGAAAGUCCUAAUUGUAGAGAAGAGGGGCAGCAGGGUGGUAUUAUUAUUAGGGAACAUGUUCUUGAGUUCUUGUUGACAAUGAAUCACUCUGAGGAGGCUGAUAAUCCGGUUCCGAAAUCGGUCUCGAACCUUGUCGUUCACAUCGUCGACACGCACGUCGAUCACCUUCAAGAUGUUGUUACCAAUUUCGAGAUGGAUUUGGAUUCGGUUGAGCUCGAAUUGGACCGAGGUGGAUUUGCUUUAAGGAAAGAAAUGCUCGAUGAUCGAAGAUUCCCGAAAAUGAGUCUCAAUCUGCAACGUCUCCUGCAGGUAAUUGCACAUGGGGAGCAAGUAUUUCCCAGAGUGAAGGAAAAAUGUUGUUCGAAACAUUGGUUUGCAAGUGAAGACAUUAACGCCCUCGAAGAGCUGAUCGGACGGUUGAGGAGGUUGAAAGAGAACGUCGGGUUUCAAGCAAACCGUGUUGCCGCGAUUCAGGCCGGUUUAGAUAGCUGGCAGUCGGAGCAAAUCAACAGAAAACUCUAUUACCUCUCAUUCCUUUCCGUUAUAUUCCUUCCUCUGUCCGUUAUAACCGGAGUGUUUGGAAUGAAUGUGGGAGGAGUUCCAUGGACAGUGCAAAAGGACCCUGCAUUGAAAGACGGCUUCCGAAAAGUAAUGUUCCUAUGUUUAGCAAUGUUGAUUCUAGUGCUGCUAUGCUUCAUUCUCCCCGCUCUCUAUUCCCGAUUGACCGCAUGGCGUCGGAGGCGGUCAUUGCGACGAAGUUGGUCGCAUAACCGGAGAUCGUUCCUUAAGAGAAGCAGUGUGAUUCAAGAAAACGGCGGCGGUUACAUUAGGAUUUGACGGAGUUGAUGGAAGUCGAUAACAUCGGGUUCUCAUUUGACUAGGUGCUUUCCGCAAUCACGUUUGCGGAGUAUCGUAUCGGAUAAACGUACAGAUUUUCCGGGUGCAUCAUCUCGCCGGACUGAAAAUAGGAAAUUUUCUGCUUCUUGCUCUUAUUUAGGCU